AUGCAUCUAAGCCGGAGCAGGGUAAGACUCAAGCCCAAAAUUUGCGUACUCGUGACAUCAUUUGUUAUAAGUGUCAGGGCAAGGGCCACUACGCUCGGGAUUGUCCAAACAAACGAGUGAUGGUCCUAAAGGGGGAUGGCGAGUAUGAAUCCCAAGAUGAGGCAGAGGCCGCGGCAGCGAUCUCUGAUGAGGAAGUAACCGACUACCCGGAGACAGGCGAGCUGCUAGUGACCCGGAGAGCCCUUAGCACCCUCUUUGACCCAGAGACCAUCCAGCGGGAGAACAUCUUCCACACCAGAUGUAGUGUUGAUCACAAGGUAUGUAGUUUGAUCAUAGAUGGCGGAUCUUGUACUAACGUGGCUAGCAAGUAUCUUGUUGAUAAGCUAGGGUUGAUCAAAACUGCCCAUCCUCGACCAUACCGUCUCAAAUGGCUCAAUGAUGAGACUGAGCUCAAGAUUGCCGAACAAGUUGUUGUGUCCUUCAGUAUUGGCAAGUACCACGACCAGGUCAAGUGUGAUGUUGUGCCCAUGCAAGCCGGCCAUAUACUUCUCGGAAGGCCGUGGCAGUUUGACAAGGAGACACUUCACCAUGGCCGCACCAACAUCUACAGUUUCGUCCACAACAACAAGAAGCACAGCCUAGCACCUCUCAGCCCUCAAGAAGUUCAUGAUAUGCAGAAGGCAAUGACGCAGUCCGGCCAGGUAAGUAACACUAACCUUUACAUGACUUCUGGACAAGUGCUUAAAUCAUUACAACGUGAGACACAGGUGCUACUAAUGAUCUUUAAGGAAGGUUGUUUUGCAGGUUUAGAAGCUCCUGAAGUACCGGACGUAGUACAAGACCUCAUGGGACGUUACAAGGAUGUCUUCCCUGACGAGAUCCCUGCCGGUUUGCCCCCUAUCCGUGGCAUAGAACAUCAGAUCGAUCUUGUACCCGGCGCGCCACUACCAAACCGAGCCGCUUACCGUGUCAACCCUGAGGAAGCUAAGGAGCUGGAACGGCAGGUCCAAGAUCUCAUGGACAAAGGCUACAUCCGCGAGAGCCUUAGCCCCUGUGCAGUCCCGGUCCUACUAGUGCCUAAGAAGAUGGGACAUGGCGCAUGUGUGUGGACUGCCGAGCCAUCAACAACAUAACCAUCAAAUAUCGGUACCCUAUACCUAGAUUAGAUGAUAUGUUGGAUGAACUGAGUGGGUCUGUUGUGUUUUCUAAGAUUGAUCUCAGGAGUGGAUACCAUCAAGUCCGCAUGAAGGAAGGAGAUGAGUGGAAAACCGCCUUCAAGACCAAGCAAGGGACUGAAGGUUGAUGAAGAGAAGAUCAAGGCGAUACAAGACUGGCCGACUCCAACCACGAUCGGACAUAUCCGCAGCUUCCAUGGACUGGCCAGUUUCUAUCGACGAUUUGUGAAGGACUUCA